GCUGUAGUGAAGUGCAGGAGAGGAAGGUGUGUGUGUGUGUGUGUGUGUGUGUGUGUGUGUGUGUGUGUGUGUGUGUGUGUGUGUGUGUGUGUCUGUGUGUCUGUGUGUGUUUGUCUCUGUGUGUGUGUUUUUUUUUUUUUCUCGUGCCCAUGCUUUUAUUUCUCUCUCUUUUUCUGCCAGUAAAGAGAGUCUGCCCCUCUUUGAACUGCCUGAGGCCGAGUGGAUCCAAGCUUGGGACUAAGCGGGCGGCUUUCCCUCCCCUCCUCUACCCUCCCCGCCUGCCCGCCCCCUUUCCCAAAUACACACCAGCGCCUGCGUGCACUCGCCCUAUAAAUAAGUAAAGACAAGGGCAGCGGGCGAGCUGUGUGGUUGCUGUCCCGCUGCGCAGGCAGAGUUGGGCAGGCAGAAAAGGCUCACGAGUGCUGCCCCGCUGUCCCCCAAACCACAGCAUGGCUUGCUUGGACAGAUGCCGUUGCUGCGCGGAUAACAGGCGUCAGAGCAGCAUCCUUUACAGCAUCUUAAAAAGCGAGGAGCAGAAGAGGGAGACCCAGGAGCAGGAGCAGCAGCAACAGCAGCAGCAGCAACAGCAGCCGCUGGGGCGAGCACAGAGGCAGGGACAGGGCUGCUCUUGUGGCUCCCAGCGCAGAGUGGCCCUGAAGAGUCCGCAGGUGGCCUGCAAGGCGGCCUCUGCGGUGCUGGUGAAGACCCUGCGCUUUGUGAAGAAUGUUCCCUGCUUCCAGGAGCUGCCCCUCGAUGAACAGCUGGUACUGGUCCGCAGCUGCUGGGCGCCACUGCUAGUGCUUGGUCUGGCCCAGGACCGGGUACAUUUCGAGACCGUAGAGACCUCGGAACCCAGCAUGCUUCAGAGAAUACUGACCACCAGGCGGCGGGACCCGGAGGACCGAGAUCCGCAGCCGUCCUUGUCGCCUCCCACUUUUCCCGAACCCUUAACCCUGACUGACUCCUUGCAGCCACCCUCUGCUGCCCAAGUCCAGGCCAUUAAGGGCUUUCUGACCAAGUGCUGGAGCCUGGAUAUCAGCACCAAGGAGUACGCCUACCUCAAGGGGACUGUGCUCUUCAAUCCGGACCUCCCAGGGCUGCACUGUGUUCAGUACAUCCAGGGACUUCAGAGGGAAGCACAGCAAGCUUUAAAUGAACACAUUAGGAUGCUUCACAGAGGGCACCAGGCCAGAUUUGCCAAGCUGAAUGUUGCUCUUUCCCUGCUGAGAUCCAUUCAUGCUAAUGUCAUUGCUGAACUCUUCUUUAGACCCAUCAUUGGUACAGUAAAUAUGGAUGAUAUGUUAUUGGAGAUGCUCUGUGCAAAGCUCUAAAAGCAUGCAGAAUAUAAAAAUAAGUUUUAAUCUAAAGGAAAUAAUGGAGCAGAAUUAGUGUAAAAUAUUGUAAAAUAAACUAACUUAUUAUUUUUAAAAA